AUAAACAUGGAGUCGUCACUUAGUUUAGGCUGGUGAUGAUUCCGUGUUCUUACUGAUCCUUUGAUCAAACUGUGCCAGCUUUCGACGCAGUAUUCCUGUAUAAUUUUGUGUGAUCUAAAAGAAAGUUUGUUCCAAAUAUACAGAGAAUUUCCGAAAACACUUUUUGUCAUCCAGUGUUCUGUAAGAAAGCUUAAUGAAUGGACUCUGAAUUCAUCCUGUAAGCUCCAUCACGGUCGUUGAAACUCCUUGCUUUGCUGGGUGUAACCUGGCAUUGAGAAAGGCCGUAAUCUUGUGAGCAUUGUGGAACAGAACAUCUAGAUCAGGUCUUGGCCUCUACAUCCUGGUAUAAGAAGUGGGCUGCACGGCAGUUAAUUAAUUGCAGAUUGCUGAUUCUGAAGAUCAGAAAGAAGGAAAGAUCGAGUAUAACGGUGUUGCAGUUUACUUUUGUAGAAGACGCAUGUGUAUCCCAUACUGGUAUGAUGAAUGAAAAUUUUGUUUUUUCUCCAUCGAUGUGCAUUGUGUGCUUAUCAAUGCGUGGAUAUCAUUCCUUUGCCAUCUAUGUGCGUGGACUUGAAUAAACGAGGGUUGGAUGCUACCUGCCUUCACAUUUUCUACUUAAUACCCUGCGGACGUGCUUCAGCUUAUUUCCCACGGUAAUAAGAAAUGACCUGAUUAGUUGAAUAGUGUGAACUACUUCAACGACAUCUCUGAAGACAUUUGAAAAGAUCUUUAAUAGAACUGUUCUUUAAAUAAAUAAAUAAAUAAGGAGAAGAUUACUGUCAAAACUUCUCUGGGCAAUCAAGAAGUGUCUACAAUAUAUACGAAGGCUAGCAAUUUGCUUAAACAAGAACUAAGCAGUUUUCUGAGUUCACAACUUUUUGAAAAUUUAUAAUGAUGGAAAGUCCGAAUCAAUCUGCCACUCAUCAGGCGCAGCUAAAUGCGCAAAGAUAUGGUCACCAACUACAGCCUGGUAUGUGGGGUGGCAACAAAGUUUGUGCGAAUACCAAUGGGCAAAAUGCUAAUAUGGAUCCUUAUUCUCAGCAAAUGAAUCAUUAUUAUCAAGCCCAGUACCAAUCACAAUCAAAUGAUAUCAACAGAUAUGUUUCACCUGUUUCAAAGGAUCAAAAUUCAAACUCUUAUUCUCAGUAUCCAAUGACAAGGCAGACAAACUAUUCCUGCACAGUUCCAACUCAAAAUUAUCAAGUCUCUGUUAAAACAAGUUGCAGUAGUAAUAUGUAUUAUCCUAAUGUUAAUGCAUCCAAAGCCUACCCAUCUAACAAUAUUCAUUCUUCAAAAAAGUAUGUUAAUUCAAAUCUUGGGCUUCCUCAAGCCCAUCCAACUGUACCUCAGAGUCCUCAGGUUGCUCGUAAUACUGGGACUCCAAUGCCACAGAUGCCUCACUAUGGAGACCAUAGUAAUUACCCUAUGCAAAACAUGUAUGUUACCAACUAUAAUGUGCAUAAUAAUGCAGAAAAUGAACAGUCUUACAUGCUUCAACAGACAUUAUCCUCACAGUCAUCAGCAUUACCUACACAAGAAACUUUGAUUCCUUCUAUUUCAAUGGUACCAACAAAUCAGGUAUCUCAGGUGUCUUCGAUUCCCACUCCCCCAGAAACAUCAUCAUUACCAGGAGAUGGCUUAUCUGUUAUUGAUAAUACUUCUCCAGAUGGCUCUGCUGAUAGUAUGAAAAUGAAUAUUUCAAACUCUUUUGUUUUGCCAGGAUCAGUUAUUAGCCAUGUACCAAAUAAUAUGCCAUCAUCUGCAUCAUCAAUAACAAAUCCAAAUGUAAUGUCUAAUCGUAAUGCUGGCAAUUCUCUUCAACCUCCUGCUAACUUAGACGAAGGAAGCCAAGCUUCUAGUGCUUCUGCAUCAUCAUCUAUACCUGAUGAACAGAAUUCAAUGAAAACGAAUUCCAAACCAAAUUUUUCAUAUCCUCCGACUCCAAAUACUUUAUCCUCUCCCGGUGCUGCUUCCAUGUCAUCCUUCCAUGAUGAUUUGGAGUGUAUUUCUAGUCCUGGCUGGCCCAAAACUCCUGCUAGUCCUGUUGCUAACAGUAACUAUGAAUUUGCAAAUAUUAAGCGUCCAGAAAAUUUGCUGAAACUUUAUACAUUAUCUGAUGAACCAGACAGGCGCUAUUUUCUUGACAAAUUAAUAGUAUUUAAUGAAGAUAGAGGAAGUCCUAUAACUCAGUGCCCUACCAUAAGUAAACAGCCUCUGGAUGUUUUUCGGGUGUACCUCACUGUAAAGGAACGUGGAGGAUUUGUUGAGGUGACAAAUGCUAAGCGCUGGAAAGAUAUUGCUGGUGCAAUAGGUGUUGGAGCCUCUUCAAGUGCUGCUUAUACGUUACGUAAGCAGUAUAUGAAGUUAUUGCUUCCUUUUGAAUGCAAAUUUGAUCGUGGUGGAAUUGAUCCUCAACCAAUUAUUAACAUGGUUGAAGCAUCAUCUAGAAAGAAAGGAAAAAAUUCUCCAGCUAAUAGUUACGGAAAUCAAACUCAUUACAGUCAGGGUUAUCCUCAACCUAUGGAAAGAUAUCAUUCAGGAUAUCCAGCAUCCUAUCAGCAUCCACGUUAUCCCUGUAAUAAUAAUGCAGUGGAUUACCAGUGUACAUCUAAUGCAAUGCAUUACCCUCAAACUGCUCCUAAUAAUGUACCUCACAAUUCUGGCUCAGGCCAGGGUCAGUACAAUCAAUAUUCUCAAACUUCAGCAUCAAAUUAUAGAUAUUACCAAGGAAAUAAUCCUACUGGAAAUGCUGGUUAUAACAACAUGCCAAAUAAUAUUAGUGAUAAUCUUUGUCGAUAUGGGAGAAGUGCAACCUCAACCCCAGUGCCUCAAGAGCAGGGAUAUUAUUCUCAUCAGUACUCUGCACCACAACAAGGUCAAAAUAUUCAAGAUAUUUAUAACUCUGGGAGAGGAUGCUCAAUGCAGGAAAACCUCACUUUGCCUGUAGCAAACCAAAUAGCAAAUGAUUUACAGCAAAUGGAGCAGCUUGCAUCAUAUUCGGCUGUUAGUAAUACAGUUGAUACAUCAUCUCUAAAAUCUGAUAUUUCUCAACUUCCCAAAUCUAGUUCUGAUAGUUUUGGAAACAUGAACAUGGAUGUCACUAUAGUUGGUUCAGUUACUGAUUCAUUGCAGGACAAAACAUGCAUGAAAACCAGUUACAGUACUUCUUGUAAAACUAUUACAUCAGAUUCAACUCCAAUUGUUACAAAAUGUUUCACACCAACGACACCUGCACCUCAGUCAUAUCAGCAAUCCAUCCCUGAGAAUAGUGCUGUAAGCAAGGCUCCAGAAACUGGAUUUUAUUCUGACACUUCCUCAUUUCCAAAUAGAAACCAGGGUUCAUAUUUGAACCAUGUACAAAACACUUAUCCAAAUCAAAAGUUGCCUUACCAAGGGGAUUACCAAAACAAAGAGCAAAUGCAGUCCAGUCAAUAUUCCAGAUAUUCUGAUGCACAGAAUGAGUCAUAUCGUGGAUCAGAAGGCCCUCCGAGUACUCAAACGGAACGGAACAGGACUGUUGCAUCUCAUGAUAGCACUGGCAGUUCAACUCCUUAUCAGUACAGCUGUACUUCUAAACCUAAUACAUAUGCAUAUGCUCCUCAGCAAGGGCACAAUAAAGAUUCAUUUAAUAAUUUACCUUAUUGCCAGCAGUACAGUAAUCGACCUCAGAGAGCAUGGUUAACUGAACAGAAUCAACAUCAAUAUCAACAUGUUGGUCAGCGGCCUCAACUCAAACCACCUGUCAAUACUUCAGAAGGAAAGCAGUUACCUGAACCUUCUAGAUCAAGAAAGUCUUGGCUUUCCUUUCAAAAUGCAUCUCAAAUUCAAAAUAAGCACCAAAAUGUUUCUGCUCCCAUUCCAACUCAAAAUCAAACUUUUUUGACAACUAAAACACAGCCACAACCGAAUGUGACACCUUCUGCUCCUCAAACUGUACAACCUGUCGUCAAAAAGCCAUUUGAGUUUCCUCCAAAUUCUGUGGAGUCGAUUAGACCUGUAGCUGUGAAACGAAGACGCUGUCCUGCUAAACGAUUAGGGCCUAUUGAUCCUUGGAGACUGAUGUUAGCUUUGAAGUCGGGGUUACUAGCUGAAAGCACCUGGGCCUUGGAUGCUAUUGCCAUUUUACUUGCAGACAACAACACAGUUGUUUAUUUUAACUUAGAUCAUUUGCCUGGACUUUUGAAUGUCCUUGUGGAUCAUUAUCGUUGUUUCCUUAACAAAAUAUUUGAUCUAGCUAAAGAUAUGGAGCUUGGAAAGGCUUCAAUCUCUGAUCAGAAGUUAUCCAUUGACCAGUUCCCUUUAGGUUCGAGUGAUAUAUUUAAUUGGGAAAGUAAAACAAAAAUAUUGGAUACUCCGAACUUUACGUAUAAAACGCGAUGCAAAAAGAAAAUAGAAAUUCAGUACGAUGAAGCUUUAUUUCUUAUUGAUCCGCAAAGAUCAUGGGAUAUUUUUGAAGAUUUCGAAGUGACUUCUGAGCAUUGGCAAAAAGGUGGAGGAGAUAUUACUUCUCAUAUCCAAACUUGUUUUGCUGAAGAAACCAAAAAGGUUAAGUUUUGCCGGGAAUUGAGUAAUGAAAAGGCAAAAGAAACCAAUGAAAAUCAUGAUAUUAAAGAUAAAUCAAAGAUGUGGAAAUCCUCUCUUUUAUACAAAGGCGAGCCAGUUGUUGUUCUGAAAAAGUGUAAAUUGGAUACAAGCAAAAUAACCACAAUAUCAUGUUCGAGAUCAGAUAUUGAUGCAGAAGAUAGUUGUUCAAUAAUUAGCAAUUCUUCGAAUAUUGACAAGAAGAUUGAUUUUUCGGAUAAGAAGAUUGAAUUUUCAGAUAAGAAGAUUGAAUUUUCGGAUAAGAAGAUUGAAUUUUCGGAUAAGAAGAUUGACGAAGAAAAAGAUUCAUCUGAGUCAGGAGAUAGCGUUAUUGAAAUUAGCGAUAGCCCUGAAGGUGUAAACUGCGAUAGCCCUGAAGGUGUAAACUGCGAUAGCCCUGAAGUUGUAAACUUCGAUAGUCCUGAAGGUGAAAACUGCGCUAGCCCUGAAGUUGAAAAUUGCGAUAGCCCAGAAGUUGAAAAUUGCGAUAGUCCUGAAGGUGAAAAUUGUGAUAGCCCUGAAGGUGAAAAUUGCUAUAGCCCUGAAGGUGAAAAUAGCGAUUACGUUGAAGUUGAAAAUAGCGAUAGUUGUGACGUUGAAAAUAGCGAUAGCGUUGAAGUUGAAAACAGUGAUAGCGUGGUUGAAGUUGAAAAUGAUGAUAGUGUUAUUGAGAUUGAAAAUGACGAUAGCAUUAUGGAAAUUGAAAAUGAAGACAGCAUUAUUGAAAUUGAAAAUAAAGUUAGUAUUAUGGAAAUUGAAAACAAAAAUAGCAUUGAAAGUGAUGAUAGCGUUAUUGAAAUUGAAAAUAAAGAUUCUUCUAAAUGUUCAUCAUCUAUUUCUGAUAGGGAUGAACAGGAAUCAAAAGCUGAACCUGAAUGUAAUAGUGAAAAAUCCGAAAUUACUGAAACAAAUGAAAAUCCUGAUGCCAAGAAGGAAAGUUGUGAUGAAGUGAAAGAAAAUAUUGAAAAUCCAGAAUCAGAUAAAGAAAAUAUUCCUAGAUUAAGAGGAUCACUUUCAUCACGUAAGCGUUUUCUUUGUGAAGAUUUAGAGGAUGAAGCCUAUUGUUUCGAUCAGCCUGCUCUGUGUGUUAUGAGCGAUUCUCAAGAAAUGUUAUCCCGUCGUUGUGUUUGUGUGUCUACUAUUUUGAGAAAUUUAUCAUUCGUUCCAGGUAAUGACAUUAUAAUGAGUAAAAAUCCAGGUGUUUUGGUUUUAUUGGGAAGACUGCUUCUUUUACAUCAUGAACAUAAGCCAGCGAAAAAUGCAUAUCAUAAAUACGAAAAAGAAUUGGAUGGAAAUAGUACUUGGAAUGAAUCAUGCAUUAGCCUGAAAAAUGAACAUGAAUGGUGGUGGAGUACUCUUAAUGUGUUACGUGAUAAUACUCUCGUUAUAUUAUCCAACAUAUCCAGUCAUUUAGACCUGUCACCAUUCCCUGAGGAAGUGAGUCUUCCUAUUUUGGAUGGUUUAUUGCACUGGGUUGUGUGCCCAUCAUCUUAUGCUCAAGAUCCCUUGCCAUCUCGUUCACCGUCCUCCGUCCUGUCGCCUCAGCGACUUUGUUUGGAAACGCUUUGCAAACUUUCUGUGCUUACAAGCAAUGUUGAUCUCAUUAUUGCUACUCCACCAUGGUCUCGUAUUGAAAACUUGUUUGCUUUUUUAACUAAAAGUUUGAGUUAUGGACAAGAUCAGAUACUGCGGGAGUUUGCAGUUGUCUUACUUUCGAAUAUCUCUGAAACAGACACGGUUGCAGCUAGAACAAUUGCAGAGCAAAGCUGUUGUAUAGCCUACCUAAUUGCAUUCAUAGAAGAAGCUGAAGCUAACGCUUUCCAAAUAGCUAGUUCUCAGGGUACAAAAAAACUGAGAGAUAAACCAGAACUUAUGGGUACAACUCCUGGGAUGGUACAAAGGGCAGCUAAUACAUUAAAAAAUCUAGCAUUAGUUCCUGAGAAUCGAGUGCUGUUUAUGAGGUAUCAACCCCAACUUCUUUCUCUUGUUAUGUCGCAAGUUAUGGACCAGGAACUGUCUGCAAUCAUUGCAGAUGUGUUGUUUUAUUGUUCUGAUGAUGUAAUGGGAGACAUUUCCAGUCAUCUUCCGAUCUCUUAGCAAUUGCAAGCAAGAGUAUUGUCACUGAACUAAGUCAUUGUUUAAUAAGCUGUAAUACCUGUUGCUCACAAAAGCAGAGAAAUAUCACAGUGGUGCUACUUAAGCAGCUGAUAUUUUCAUCUGCAUUAUUAGGUAAUGUUAUUAAAAGUAAUAUGCUACAUACUUUGGGGCUUCACUCUUUUUGUGUCUCUGUGAAAUGAUUGUUGCCUGUUAGAAAAAAAAAUUUGUGUGAAAUAUUUACUGUACAUGUAUUGCGGCUGGGAUUAAUCUUUUAGUGUAUAUGUCUAUCAUCUCUAGGUUACACCUAUAGCCUCAUUAUGAAUAGUAUAUGUCUGAAUGUUAAGGAGAAUAAAAUAUGUAGUGCAAAAGUAUUUUAGAAAUAUAAUGUAUUUUCUUAAUGAUAAUAUUUAUCUUGUUUUAAAAUUCCAAAGUUUUUGGUUCUCUUAUGUGUCUUUGAUUCUUUAAAAUAUUAUUUUUGUUUUAACAUUUAUGAAAAUUUUACUCAUAAUCUGAUUUAAUAUCCAAGUUUUCAUUGCUUAUUUAUUUUUCAUGAAAUUUUAUUUGUUCUGUGAUUUUUGAAGUCCAUUUCUAAAGUACGUAUAUAUGCAUUUUUCAAUUCUUUGCUUAUGUAACCCAUUAGAAAACUUUAUGUAAUAUACUCAUACUUGUCUCUAUCUUCACAAAAAGUGCUUGUGUUUUUAACGAAGUGAAGCCCCAUUGUUGCACGUUAUAUUUAAAUAAAAUUGAUAAUAAGACAAAAAAGCACAUAUUAAGAGAAAAUAGGUAUAAAUCCAGCCGGUCGAUAUGGAUUUGGUGUAAAUCCGUCUGUUAUAUAUGUUCUGUCCAUCUGUGUAUUUAAUUAAGGCCCAAGGCCUAUUUUUAUGAGGUUUUCUUUUAUAUAUUUUAUAAUAUGUGUAUAUGAGGAGAGAUGGUAAGACAUUCAAAAUUGUAUAUGUUAAGUGUUAUGAAUAUAUGUUGAUAGCCGUUUGUUAGUCAUUGUUUUUUAAAACCUGACAUGUUCCUACAAAAUUUUAAAUACUCAUUGAAUGUAUUUCUUUGUUAAAUUUGCAUAAAAUCAGUUGAUUGCAGAGGAAUUUGUGUUAUUGUUUUUUAUUUGCCAAGAUAUCACUUAUAUUUCAUGUUUUAAUUUUAUUUCUGUGAUCUUAUUAUUUUGAAAAACUGUUUAAGAUAAGUUGUAUUAUUUUCGAUUCCUUCUAAAUAAUAGUGUUUUUAAUAUUAAACGAACAUUUUUUUGUAGUAAUGCAUGCUAAAACAGUAAAGUAGGAUAUGAUCAUUACAUCUGUGAAUACCAAAGUAAAAUAGAAUACAAUUUAGCACAUCCAAAUUUUCAAAAAAAUUUGUGGAACAGUUUUCUUUGUCUAACUGUUUAAUUCAUAAAGACAAUAAAGUAAAUGUUUCUGUUUUGUUUGUAUAUAAUAAACAUCAUUUAUAGUUAACUGAAUUUUGAUAAAUUAGCUAGUAAGAUUAUUUUUAUUGCUGAACCAUUCAAUUGACAUAUGUUAAUUAUUCCUUCGUUACAAAUAUGCUGCACAUUCUAUUCCAGAGCUUAUGAAAUCUAUUUAUUUGCGUGAUUUGAUUGUUUGUAUUGUUAAUCAAGUCUGUAGGUACUUUGCUUUUGAAUAAAAAGAAGUGCGAAAAUGGCCAUCUUUUCUACUAAGUAACAUUAUUAUAGUUUGAUGUUCAACUAUAAUAACUAACUCCAGACAUAACUAAUGUAGAAAUAUCAUUUUCUUUGGAUGAUUAAAAUUGUAUAUCCUUCUGUAAACUGUUAACUUUGUUCAUGAUUAAAAGGCUGGCUUGUUAUAUUUAAAUCUCUCAUAUGCCAUUUUUAAAUAAUUGUUUGCAUAAUAAUUUAAUUCUAUUGUCGUUAUUUUGGCAUUUGUCUUUCCAUCUCUAUUCAUGAUAUGUGUUAUUGUGUAUGUCGAGUGAUGCUACACCUCAAUGAGGGUGAAAAAAAAAAGAUAUCUACAUUUGUGCAAACUACCCAGUGCAAAUUACCUUUUGUAAGUGAUAAAAAGAUGUAAACUUAUCUAAGACUUCAGGGGCUCUUUUUAGCUUAUAAAUUUGACAACACUUUGUAAUUUAUGUAAAGAGUUAUUUUGUGUAAAUAUUAGAGGUUUUAAACUACUGUCUAUAAGAGAGUGGUUUUAUUCAUCUUAUCUGGACAAAAAUUUAAAAGUUUUAUUCUACAAAUGAAUGGCUUGUGUAGAAAAUAUGAACCUUAUUCAAUGAUGUGUCUAUUAAUGGAUGAAGUCCACCAUUAUGACUGUGAGGCCAUUGCUGAAUACUCAAGCUAUUUUGCAAUCUGGGUUCCAUAUUGCUGUAUAAUACUCUGUUUUUCAUAUGUAGGAAAAUUUUUUAUUGUUGUGAUUAGUAAAUAUUGAUGAACAUUA